UCAACCUACCAAAUUUAUUGCAAACUCGGCGCUAUUACCGCGCCAUAGGGGUUCAUGCAGGGUAACUUGGUGUGCGUUGACCUACAUGGAUGGCGCAAAGAUUAUUGCUAAUACUUGCUAUGACGUUUAAAAAUUGAUACACUUGUUGAUUAUAUAUAUUUUGUUGUAAGAUAAAAUGUUAAACCGUAGUACAGUAUUUAAUUUCAAAAUUUUCUACAGGCAAAUAGCAUACGUUCCAAAACACAAACCCCCUGAUCACAGAGAUGUCGAAAUAUUGAAAGACUUCCUUGCAAAACAUGAAAAAGUUCUGGUGUUAACUGGUGCUGGCAUAUCUACAGAAUCAGGUAUACCUGACUACAGAUCGGAAGAAGUGGGACUAUAUGCCAGAAGUAAUCACAAACCGAUCCAAUAUCAAGAAUUUAUUAAAUACCCAAAAGUAAGGCAACGUUACUGGGCUAGGAAUUUUGUGGGCUGGCCUCGCUUUAGUAGCAUACAACCAAAUGCUACUCAUAGGUCCAUUACACAAUUGCAAAAGAAGGGGAAAGUAACAUCUAUAAUAACUCAAAAUGUUGAUCGUCUGCACCACAAAGCAGGAUCCACAAAUAUUAUAGAAUUACAUGGAAGUGGUUACAUUGUGAAAUGUUUAAAAUGUCCUUAUGAAGUGAGCAGGACUGAACUGCAAGAAGUUCUAAUGAGAAAUAACCCACACAUGGAAAGCAACUUUGGCAUGGUCAGACCUGACGGUGAUGUUGACUUGACCAAGGAGCAAGAAAGCAGCUUCAGAACACCAUUGUGUCCAAAAUGUGAAAGUCCAUUAAAACCAGACAUUAUAUUCUUUGGUGACAAUGUUCCUAAAGCACGAGUAGAACAAGUCAGGAGUCAAGUGUCUGCUUGUGACGCCAUAUUUGCCUUGGGUACAAGUCUAACAGUGUAUUCUAGUUAUAGGAUAAUUUUACAAGCAAAAGAAGAAAAUAAAAUAGUGGCAAUUUUAAAUAUAGGACCUACUAGAGCUGAUGACAUUAUUGACAUUAAAGUAUCCACUAAAUGUGGAGAUAUUUUACCAGAACUAUGCAAUGCUUUAUAGUUUUAUUUAUAACAAUUUAUUUUCGGUUUUUAUAGUGAAAUAGUGCUACCUGAAAAAAUAUAUUGUUAAUAUUAAUAUUUUUUGUUUGUGAUCUGAAUAAAAUGAUACAAUUUGUUACAA